UAUGUCAACCUCUUUGCAUAUUAGUUAAAUUGUUCGAGAUGGAAAACGUCAUGAGAAAAUAUUAUAUUACGGAAAAUGCUUAAAUAAAAACAAAUGAAGUUCUUUAAACUGUGCUUAAAAAACAGAAAGGAGUGUAGUAUUCAAAUAGUUUGUGUAGCGCUGCCCUGGAUGCAAAACAACUGAAAGGUUUGGCGAAUCCCUCUAGUAUUGUCAAAUAGGUACACAAAAAACUUUCCAGCUGGUGCGAUUUGUGAAGUGGGUAAACCACAAAAUAUAAGACAUUGAACUCGUUGAUUACCCGAAAAAAUCAUUUUGACUCGGACUUGCUGCAAAAAAUCACUGUGUACAUAUAAUAAAUCUUCCGUUCCCCUUUCCUAACGUGGCCAAAACUCGAUAAGGUGAGCGUGAUAUGAUUUUGGUUUUGAUGACGCAUUCACGAUAAUAAACUGAGGUGCAGCUCAAGUACUUUGAAACUCAUUAACUUUAAAUAUAAUAAAAGUGAGAGAAUUUAUAAGACAUGGCAGGCAUUCCCCCAAUACCGCCGCUACUUUGCAACACUCCGCCACCAAUAGAUUUUGGUGAAGAGGAUGACGAUUCCGGUUUGCCGCCCACGUUAACUCUCGAAGAUGAAGAUGAUUAUGGAGAUUUUGCGUUGGGUACAGACAUAAAUGAGGAUACAACCAAUGCUGAAGUAUCUUCGUUACCCCGCACACCGUUACAGUUUGAACUAAGUUCAUCAACAACCAGUGGUUUUACGGAUAUCCCACCCGCUUUAGAAGAUCUUGGCCCUAUAUCAUUAAAUUCUUCUGAAUUUAACAAUUCUACAGCAAAUCAAGAAGUCAAAACGCAGGCACAGCUAAAUGAAGCGUUCAAUUAUAACGUAACGCAGAAACUUGCAGUAGAUAGCGAUCAUACUGAAACUACAGCCGCUGAAGGAGAACUAAAACCUAUUAAUAGUUCCGAUACACUGUCUGCGCAGGAAUUCGUUACUGAUUACAAACAGUUAGAUUUUGAUGCUAACGAAGCGAAGGUAAAAACAACUAUAUGCACUCCCCAAAACCUACCUUCGAGCGAAAUUGAAAACUUAUCUGAAAUUACAACUGAGCAAGAUAGUAAAGAAGAUUCUGAUGUAGCAACAAAAGAACUAGAAAUUGAAGUAAAAAGUGAUUUCAUGCCCACAAAUUCAGAAAGUCCUCCCCCAUUACCUGAACUGGUGUUAUUAGAAGAUUUAGCCGAUGACAGUAGCGAUGAGGAGUGUCAUCGUUCCCCUAAAAAGUCGCCUAUAUCACCAACGUCACCUCUGGAGGACAAUGUUAAUAAUGAUUCGGAAGAUUUUUUUGCAAUUCACCUUGUUAACACGCCGCCUUCACCAAAAGAAGGAAAAUUCUCAACGCUUGCAGACGAUAUAAAUAUGAAUAACUCUUCAAAUCACAAUAACAACAUCACGAAUGAUUUACCAAAAACAGAGAAUGUAAAUUCAAAUGGUCCAGAGGAGCAGGAUGAUGAUUUCGGUGAUUUUGCCGAUUUCGAAACGGCAUCCAAUUUUAUAAAUCCUCCAGAUAAUAGCGGAUUAGUUACGACUGAUUUGAUUACGACAUCGAUCGUUGAUAGCAACCAAAAUAUGCAGGAUUUAAUAGAGCCACCCACAGAUACUGCUAUCACAGCCGAGGAUGACGACGAUUUUGAUGAUUUUCAAAACUUUUCUUCAGCUCCAGUGCCAAUACCGACACCGACUGUUGUACCAAGCAUAUCAGCACCGAAUUCUUUAAGCAUAACAAUGGAACACAAUAACAACAAUGCGCAAUCAGCAACAUUAAAAACUGAUGGUUUUGAAGAAAAUGGGUUUGAAGCAAAUUCGUCCGAUAAUAACGAUGAUGAUGACUUUGGCGAUUUCGAGGAAGCUUCAUAUGAAACACCUGCAAUUCAAUUCACUGCUACCACACCAGUUGUACAAACACCAACAACUACGUCAACGCCAACUGCCGCCAACGGCAAUAUAAGUGAUCGCUUGGGCACAGCGCUAAAAAUGAUGUUUCCAACUGAAGAGGCAAGUCCAGCUGAUGAUGAUGAGUUGAAACAAGCAGCGAAAUUCAUCAACAAAAUAAACGAUACACUUCCUUUUGAAGCAAUAGAAGCUGCCAAAGCCUUAGAAUUUCAAUGGCCACAAUCCGAAAUGCGACACGCCCUUAUACGUUCGAUUGGCAUUGAUUCGAGAAAUAUUCUUUUCGGUGACAAUUGGAAUCCAUCAAUGCCACGUUUUGCUGCCAAUCUCAGUUUUAAUCCACUAAAACCAAUGAAACCACAAACAACCAACGCUGUGCCAAACACAACAUUUGCCGAUGCCGAUUCAAUGCAAUAUAGCAUAAAUAAUAGUGGCAGCGCUGCCGAGGCAGACAUGAGCAGCUAUGCGAAGAAAACGGAUGUACCUGAUGUUGAAUUCGAUUGGCAAGGUGCCGGCUUGGUGAAUCCACUUGACGGGGCCAAGGGCGAGACAAACGCGCGAGAGACUGAAGCGGUUCAGCCGCCGCCGCCUGUUGCACGGCUUGAUACACCCGAUGACGAGCAUCAAUCGCAUACAACCGCUACAAACGUCGGCGAUAACAUUUCAGAAACCUUAAGCAAAAACGAUAACGAACUGACGGCAACGCCAACCAGAGACGCUUGUCCGUCGCCAUUAGCACUGGACAAUGCCGCAUAUCAGUUCACAACAGCCGAGUCAGGCAUUAACAGCAUCAGUAGCAGCACUUCAGGCAGUAGUAUCAGUAACAGCAAACCCUAUGACAAUAGUAAAACUAUGACAACAUUACGUUUGGGCGCUAAUAUCGUCGUGGAUGAUGAUGACGAAACGGUGGUGACGUCCACCUAUGCGGGACCCUUGAAGGAGACACACAUUUAUACGCCAUCGAAGACCGAUGUGGCUAUAACUAUGAAAGCGGGCAAAGCUACUGUUGGCGGAAAUGAGCCAAUUGAUUUUGACUAUGAAAUUGCUGCAGCGGGUAUAAUCAUUGACGAAAAAGUGGUGAAGAAAGAGUAUCGGGAUGUUGAGUACAAUCCCGGCUUUAGUCUGGAGAUGGUUGCUGAAUACACCAGUGAGUUGCCCAUGGGUGCACCGUCGACGUUAGGUAGUGAGCCGAGUGCCGUGAGUGUGCAAAUACCAGCACAACAACAAACAUCCGAUUUCGACACCGAUGAGUUUACUGAGUUUACGGAGUUCCAAUCAGUACCACCACCUCCAAAGGCAACUGUGCCUGCGGCAGAUACACAUUUUGGCACCAGUUUACCUGCCAGUACAAUAACGUCCAAGUUCCCCGCGGUAAUAAAUGCUAAAACAACACUCAAUACCCUACCAGCCGUCCUGCCCGCAGCCGUUUCCAAGACAAAAGAAGCUAGUAAUACCCCAAGUCGUACGAGCUCGCCGUCGCUAAUUGAUAAUAUGAUACUCAGUCCAGCCAUACUGUUGCCACAAGCUAUACCCAUCAGCACAAACAAUACGGCGACAUCGAAGACCACACCAACCAUUGAAUGGGGUGACUCAACGGCCAAUAUUAAUCCCGAUGAAUUGGCGCGUAUUGAAGAGCUCUUCGCACAGCCCAAAAUACCAGCUGCGGCCAAAGAUGCGAACACUUCGCAAAAAGCAUCGCCACUACAUACCUAUGCGGAAAAGCAUACGAAAAAUAAUUCGAUCUCUAUAAGCGCUUCGGUAGCGUUGAAGGAGCAGGACUCCACUCUCAACGAUGACUACUGGUCGGAGUUUGUAUCGGUGCCGGUGACGCCACAAUUGCCAAGUAAUGCAAGUCGCCUCAACAACAACAACAAUAAUAACAAUAAUAGCAAUAACAAAAGCAACAAUAACAAUCAACUGGUCAUAACGCCAAAGCGCAUAACCGAUGUGCAUAUCAACAGUGCCAACAACAGCAAUAAUGCAAUGCGCUCGCCGCGUCACCAACAACCAAACAUCAACGCCCAACGCACGCUAACGCCAACACCACAACACAAGUCAACUGCGCAUGCGUCCGUAAACAGCGCACACAUUAGCGCCCGUAGUAAUGCCUACAACAGCAAUAGCAACACCAACAGUAACAGUAACGAUGACGAUUGGUCCGACUUCGUGUCGAGCACACCAACACCUACGUCAGCCGCCACACAACAACAGCACGUCGCAUCCUACAUGCCCGCCACACAUGCGCCCCAAUUCAACAGCGCCGCCUGGCAAAACGCCAACUUCUACAAUAAUCCGCUCGGUCUGUACCACCAGCAGGCGACCAUGCAGACGCGCACAUCACCCUUAACGCCGCAGCAGCAACAAUUGCAACUACAACAACAAAUACAUAUAAUGCAGGAUUUCUCCACGGCGCCUGUAACGAACCGUCCACAAAACGCUCUGAAUAACAGCAACAAUGCCAAUAUGAACCAUAUGCAACAACAUUCCAAUACAACAUACUCACCACUACAGGUGGGCAGUGCUCGUGUGGCGCCGAGCAUUUCAUUAAUACCCGAUUUGGGUUUUGUGGCACCCGCUUUGCCCGUGCAUACCGCUUUCGUCAAUGUGCUGCCGAAGACGAGUUUUAAUAGCAAAAAAUGACGUUUAUUAAAUUGCGAGCAGACGCACAAUCGCGGUCGCACAACGCUGGCACAUUCCUAUCGAACGCACUUACCAAACGCUAGUCCCGUUACAGCUGCUGCCACCACAACCAUUCACGAUAUCCUCACAUAGAGUCUCCUGCGAGGCGUUAUCAUCACACAACUGCGCUACUUAUAGUUUACCAUAAAGUGAAGAAAUGUGAAAAGUGAGAUUUUAGUUGUGAAAUUGGCAAAAUAACGAAAUUAUGUCGCAAGUGUGUAAAUCCUUAGACACGAUGCACCAAUUGGCUGAAGCGAAAAAAGGAUUUUUUCUGUUAUUACUUUUAGAUCGUUGCUUAGCUUAGUAAAAUUAGGUCACUUAGUUACAUGAAUGUAAUACAUACAUAUGUGUACCAUAGUUUCCCUUUCCUCUUAACUUUUUCCAUUAACGCUUGUUAACCAAUAUCAAUGUGCUGCGCUUUUGAUAUACCCAGCGGCGUAUAAACUGUUAAAUAUAUGUUUGAUUAUAGUUGGGGACAAAAAAUAGAGUAAUUCAAUUUUUUUUAUUUUUGGUUUUAUUUAAUAUUUUU